CAAAUCGCAUUUUCCCAGCGCAAUCAAUGGCUGACAUCGAAGUUGACACGUCCGUGCAAGUUGCCGCGGCACCGGCGGCGCCUGUCAAGGUGGCGGUUGCCUUCGUGCCCAAGCCCGACAAGGCUGCUCAUGAAGCCGAAUUGGCUGCCUUGGAAGUGUUGAAGAAGAAGGCCCAAGACCGCACGAACGCCAUCCGCGCCGAACUGGACGCGAUUCAAUCGGGACGGUCGGGGUUCUCGGAAAAGAUCGCGGAAGCCAAGGUGUUGUACCUUGAACUGAAGGAGAAGAAGGAACAUGCGUACACAAGCAAGACCCAGCUCAAGGUGAACUUGGACAAGGCGAUCGCCGCCAAGACCGCGCACCGCGAGUCGCAAAAGUCCGUGCGCGACCAGGUGAGCUACAAGAGCGUGGAAGACGUAGACAAGCGCAUCGCCGAGUUGCAGCACGAUCAGAACACGAAGAGCAUGUCGCUGACGGCGGAGAAGAACCUUCUCAAGGAGAUCGAAAACCUCAAGGCGGCCAAGAAGGUGCUUGCCAAGGCGUCCGCCGACAAAGACAACGGCGCCAAGUUCGACGUGUCCAUCGACGACAUCCGCGCCGCCAUGAAGGCCAAGAGCGAGGAAAUCACCGCCGUGACGGAAGCGUUCAACGCGCAAAAGGCCAUCUUGGACGCAUUGCGAGACGAAAGCAACGCCGGCGGCCGCGGCGACUACCCCAAGCUCAUCGAAGAACGCAAGGCACUCAAGCUCGAAAUCGACGACAUCUUCACGCAGAUCAAGGCCCGUCGCCAGAAGUUCAAGGAGGACAACGACGCGUACUUCCAGGGCAUCCGCGCCAAGCGCGAAGCGCAAAAGGCCGCGCGCGAAGCCGAAGAAGCCGCCAUCAAAGCCGAGUUUGACGCCAAAUUGGCCGCGUACGAAACCGAACUGGCCAAGAUUCACCCGUUCCAGGACGAACAGGACUUGUGCCACUCGCUGGUCGUGUACCUGGAGAAGACGUACAGCAAGGACCUCCAUGCUGCCGCCACCGCCACAUCCUCGACAUCCGCCGAGUCCAAGGUCGUGUCGUUGGAAUUGGACGGUCUGCAGCCGCUCAAGCGCGCGGACGAGGAGUUUUUCGUCGGCAAGAAAGGCAAGGGCAAGAAGUUUGCGAACGCCGCUAGUACUACUAAUAGUAAGAAGGACACCAAGGUGGUACUUCCCCUAGCACAACUGCAGUCGUUCUCGACGGUGGGCCUGACCCCGCCCGCGGUCGUGUCGGCCGUCGCGGCUUCGAUCGCCGCCAUCAAGGCCAAGAAGGAAUGGUUUGCCGCCCAAACCGACCGGCAACAUGCCAAACCGGCGGCAGCGGCGGCGCCCACGAAGGAACAGGCGGCCGCGUCCCCCGCCAAGAAGAACGCCAAGUUCAACGCCGCUGACCAAGGCGCGUUCCCGUCGCUGUCUGGCAAUGCUGCCACCGUCGCCCCCGAAGCGACGUGGGACCGCCUCGCGCCGUCGGCGCCGGCCGUGUCGUACGAGUACAACUACGAAGAUGCGCCAGUCGACGGAGAAGAAUAACGUGGGAAUGACGACAUAAGCAAGCAGCACCCACGUUGUUUGGUUGGUAGGAACGCACUACAGACAGUAGGACGAGAAGCAGAAUGAAGGAGGACGCAAGUAGUUGGGAUAUAUAACUAGCAUAUAUGACCACUGGGCAACAUGUCAUUUCGUCAG